AGUACAGUUUCCAUGCAUUACAGUUUCAUCACUUCUGAACAAACGCGUAAUAAUUUACAUAUUUAAGUACGCAAUAUGUCGUCCCGAACGAGUUUCUUGUCCUUUUUACUCUUUUUGAUCUCUACAAAAUCCCUGUCAACCGGAACGGUUCUCACGGCGAUGAUACUCGGUACAAGGUUGCCUUAUCCUAAUAACUGCACGCGGCCUUAUCAUUUACCAGGGGAGGAUGUCAUCACGUUGUUUGGAAGCUGUCGAGAAUAUCCGAACGAAAAUAAGGACAUUCUCCGUUUCAGGAUGUCAACUGAUACAAUUGAGAAGGUUGGUGAACUACCGGACAAUACGAAUCGCGGAACCGUGCAGCCUGGAAGUGUUGGAUAUAUUUACUACUUGGGUGGAAGCAAUAACUUGAUUUACCGGUACCACCCGGGUCCUAAUACAACCGAGACUGGUGGUGUUUUCCCCUUCAAUCUGCGGGACUCGACCUCCAUCAGUCUUAACGUGACGGACGAUGAGGUCAUAAUUUUUGGCGGGUAUGGAAUUCCGAAUGCCGUCUAUGCUCUAAAUUUGGCCACAUUAACGGUGCAGUACGAAGCCACGCUACCCAUAAAUAUUUUAGAAGCUACAUCCGUCCGCGUGGGGGAUUACGCUUUUAUCUUCGAUUCCGGGGCAUCGAAAGAUAAUCGACAGGCAAUAUCGACAGGCAAUUCGGGUCAAUUUGAAAAAUUUCACAACCGAGCUUGUAGGACCGCCGACCCUUCCCGCUUUUUCGUUGAGACCUUCCUCCGUUUAUGAUAGUCGAGGGAAUAAAGUGUACGUUUUUGGCGGGUAUACUGUAUCCGAGAACCCGGUAAAUCCUACCGCGGGAAUUUACGAGUUCGACCCUGUCACAUUUGAAAAUAGGUUUAUCCCAGUUGUAAAUUUUCCCGCUAAUGGUGAGUUGUAUUGGAGAAUUGCUCCUGCAGCGGUGUACGUGCCGGAUUCGGACAGGUUUUAUUUUUUCGGUGGGUCAUUGUCUGAUAGUUAUUAUUGGCGCCAGGAUGAAAUUUUCUACGUGAGUCUAGAUGUACUGCGGACAGAGUGAAAAUUGCGUGUGAAAUUUGUCUAUAAUUUCGGUGUAACUUAUCUUGCUGUAAACAUGCCCAUUAUACCUGUCACAUGCAUACAGAAAUGAAAAAUUAAUAAACUAAUAAAUAAAGAUGGCACCAAACGAAUGGGUAUCUAAUUAAAGGAGAAUUUGUUCAGAAUUUGUAACUGAAUGAAUCUUUGUACUGAAUAAAUUUGGAUUACUUCAUGAU